UAUCGCGAUGUCCCACCGGCGGCGUCUCCUCCACCUCACGUCAAACGCGCACAUUUAUGUCUCAGGUUGACAGAUUCAUUUGGAGCCGCUUGCUGUUAGAAUGCGUCCAGGAGUGCAGUCCUCUCUGUGUCUGUGUCUCUUAGUUUUCCUCCACUGUGCCGAGGCUGCUGCUCCAUCUGAAGGCGGUGUUGGCAAUGGAGAACAUAAGCAGGGUUCACUGAGGAGCAUCCUUGAUCAAGUAGAGAGUUAUGAGGUUACUUAUCCCACAUGGCUGUAUCCCAGCAGACACAGGAGGUCUGCCAGCAAAGAGCAUCCUGCAGAGGCUCAGGUUAUAAUCUCAGCUGAGGGCCGGGAGCUCAGACUUCACCUGGAGAGAAACGAGCAGCUGUUGGCCCCUGGAUAUCAGGAAAUAUGGUACACUCCCGAUGGAGCCCGCAGGUCCUCCUCUCCUACCAGCACUGGUCACUGCUUCUACCAUGGAGAGGUUCUGGGCAUGAAAGGAUCAAGUGUUGCUGUUAGCACAUGCUCAGGACUCAGGGGACUGAUUUCUCUGAACACAAGCGUCAGCUACCUGAUAGAGCCUCUUCCCGUUUCCACGGGUGCAAAGCAGCACGCUGUGUUCCGAGCCGAGAGUCUCCAUCUACCCAGAGGUAGCUGCCUGCAUCACCAUGGCAGCGAGGAGCAUGAGGAGGGGCUUAACGACUUCAUCCAUGGAAUGAUGUCACCGCGGAGCCUGAGGGAAAAAAGGGACCUGAGCCAGAAUAUGAAGUAUGUGGAGCUGCUGAUAGUGGCAGACAAGGCCGAGUUUGAGAAGCAGGGGAGUAGUCUCGAGAAGACCAAACUGAAAUUACUUGAGGCGGCCAACCUAGUUGACAAGUACUACAAGGCCUUGAGCAUCCGUGUGGCGUUGAUCGGUCUGGAGGUGUGGAACAACCAGGACAUGAUCAGCGUUUCAGACAACCCUCACAGCACUCUGGCAGCAUUCCUGUCCUGGAGAGGCAAACAGCUCCGCACGCUCCCCAACGACAACGCUCAGCUCAUCACAGGGAGUGGUUUCCAAGGCACCACCAUCGGGCUGGCACCUCUCAAAGCAAUGUGCUCCGACUACCAGUCCGGUGGAGUGAACAGGGACCACUCAGAGUCAGCUGUUGGUGUAGCUGCCACCAUGGCACAUGAGAUGGGCCACAACUUUGGCAUGAGCCACGACAGUACAGGCUGCUGCCAGGCCAAGGCCGAAGAUGGAGGUUGUAUCAUGGCAGCUGCUACUGGGCAUCCAUUCCCAAGUGUGUUCAAUGAUUGCAACCUGAAGGAGCUGAAGAGCUACCUGAGCUCUGGAGGAGGGAAGUGUCUCUUCAACCUGCCAAACACCAGAUCCAUGUAUGGAGGGCAGCGCUGCGGCAACGGUUACCUGGAGGAUGGAGAAGAAUGUGACUGUGGAGAAGAAAAGGAGUGUACCAGUCCCUGCUGUAACGCCAACAACUGCACUCUGAAAGCUGGAGCGGAGUGUGCCCAUGGAGUCUGCUGUCAUAACUGCAAGUUGAAGAGCCCAGGUGUGCUGUGCCGUGCUCCCUCGGGCUCCUGUGACCUUCCAGAGUACUGCGAUGGGAAGGAGGAGUCUUGUCCUGCUAAUUUCUAUUUUGUAGACGGUACAUCGUGUGCAGGUGGGCAGGCCUACUGUUACACCGGCAUGUGUCUGACCCUGGAGCAGCAGUGUCUCUCCCUCUGGGGACAAGAUGGCCGUCCAGCCCCUGACCUGUGUUUUAAGAAGGUAAACGAAGCUGGGGACAUGUAUGGGAACUGUGGCAAAGAUCUCUUUGGGAAGUACAGGAGCUGUAAGGAAAGGGAUGCUCAAUGUGGGAAAAUCCAGUGUUUAACCACAGCCGCCAAGCCCCUUGAGAACAGUGCUGUGCGUAUAGAAACCACUGUCAGCGUGGGCACCAAGAAGAUCCAGUGUAUGGGAACCCAUGUGUAUAAGCCUGGGCAAGGGGACGAGGAGGGGCAGGGUGACACUCUGGACCCAGGACUGGUCAUGACGGGCACCAAGUGUGGUGUUGACUCAAUUUGCUUUAAUGGAGAAUGCCGCAAUGCAUCUUUCCUCAGAGCUGAUGACUGCAAUGCCAAGUGCCAUGGACACGGGCUGUGCAACAACAAUCAUAACUGCCACUGUGAUGCGGGCUGGGCUCCUCCUCUGUGUGACCAGAAGGGGUCUGGUGGGAGUGUAAACAGUGGACCUGUCAUCAGCCACAGCAAUCUCCUUCCAGUCCUGGUGGUCCUUCCCCUGGUUCUCUUUGUGGUUUUGUCUGCUGUUGGACUCUGGUGCUGCUACAAACAUAAACUCCACCCACUGAAAACCUCAUCUCCUCCUCCAAUGUCAAGUUGUUCAGUCCCAGCUGACAAGCCUCUGACCGACAGCCAUGUGAGCGGUCAUGCAAACCCGAUUUUCUUGCUAAAGAAACAAGACUCAGACCCCUUGGGGAAGUCCUCUAGUCCGAGCCCGUCCUGCUCAGCUCGGUCUAGACAUGCUAUAGUGCGUCCAGCAGUGAAGCCUCCUCCUGUACCUGCGUAUGCUGCAGGGCAGAAAGAGCAAACACCUCAGCCCCAGAUCCAAUACUCUCCUAUGGGUUACACUCCACCUUCGGUUAAAUCAGCGCAGCUCACCGAGCAGAGACGAAACCAGGUCCCUCCAUCACCCUCAGAACGCCCGCCUUUACCUUCCCUGAAUGCCAAAACCCACUCACAGCAGUCAGUAGUACCCAAUACCCGACCAGACCCCCCAAACAGACCUCCACCACCUUGUCCUGUCAACAAACUAUCAGGGGAACAGCAACAAAUGAAAGGCCUGCAGGUUACCACUAACGCCCUGCAAAGAGGGAAAGCUGCUUUGGCUCCAUCUGCUGGACAGAAAAAGCCGAACAGAAACUAACAGCUCUGGGAAACAUUGGGUACCACCACUUUCAUCUAAUAAUGGACUGCGUCAAACUGUCUUUUUGAAUAUUAGCAGCUGACAAGGAAACUGAAGUAUAUGAUGAAUACUUGACACUUUGUGGUCUACAGUGUACUUACACUCGUGUAUUGAGAGAAAAUGGGAGAAUCACAGCGAGUCAUAGUACAUAUUACAGUUAGUACAUUUUAAGUCACAAAUCUUUUUAGAUUUAUGCUUAAUAUGUGUUUUGUAAAUUAACGCCAUGUGUCUGCUUUCACAACUUGAAUCAGCAAACGCUGUGAAUUUAAGAACUUUUGUUAUUAUUCUCCCAAAUGUUAAUGGUAAUGUGAAGUUGUUCCACAUGUGCAGCAGUGUUGGUACACUGGUCCAGGAGUAUUUAUUUGCAAAAGAAAAUUCAUGUUUACAAUGCAGCCUAUGUUUUCGACAUGGUGUCUCUUUAAGAGCAUCAGCUGUACAGGGAUGUCUUAUAUUAAGAAAAGAUGCCAAUAUUGAAGUGCUUACGCUUCUUAUGUGUGAAUAAGAACGGGAUGUGAACUGGACUAAAUGGGACCAGUGAAAGCCCUACAUGCAUGCUGUAAGUAUAUACUUAUGAUGAGAGAUAUAUAUCUGAAAUGUAGCAGGAAAUGUUAGGGUUUUGUCAGUUUGUUAUUAGUUUUGUUUUAGUGAUUUUAUACUGUUGUGGUCUUGCACUUUGAGCAAUCAUUUUAGUGUCAAAUACUCAGGAAGCCUGCAGAAGGUGAGUAUUUGAUAAAGAUUUUGGGUGCUGUAUCAAUUUAAGGUGACCAUUUGAACCCACACUGUUUCUUAGUUCUGUCACUGACUAUCAGCGAUGAAUUCCUCAUGUCCAUGGCAACAUUUCAAAUAAUUUUGCAUUGGUAAAACAAAAUAUGAGCCAUAGAUGUUUACGUGACAUAUGUCAGUUAAACAUAAAAAUGUCACCAUAAAUUUGAAUCAUUUUGCAUGUUCGUCCAACGCUGUUACUGAAACUGCUCAGUGAGAGUUCCUCGUGACCAAAAUGCUAUAAUGUUUCUCCUCUAUCUGAGGAGACUAUGUUAUAUAUUCUAUGCUGUGUAACAUCGAAUACUUUGUAAUUACUGUGAGGUACUGUUCAAAAUUGUGGUCCAUUUGACCACUUGGGGGAUGACCUGGUUUUAUCUGUAAUAUGUAAAAAAAAAAAGAAAGAAAGUCUGUCAGCUUCCAUGUUUUACCUUCUUAUCAGAUCUAUGCAAACCCUGGCACU